UCCCGGGAGGAGGGGCUCGAGUUCCGCGUCGUCGCGCAGAGCUGACUCUGGGAGGCGUUUGGGCCCAGAGAAGUGGAUCGGUAGGUUUCGCCGCAUGGAGUCCGAAUCGGAGAGCGGAGCGGCCGCAGACACCCCGCCGCUGGAGACUCUAAGCUUCCACGGAGAUGAAGAGAUCAUUGAGGUGGUAGAGCUGGAUCCAGGCCCGCCAGACCCGGCAGAUGAUCUGGCCCAGGAGAUGGAAGAUGUGGACUUUGAGGAAGAGGAAGAAGAGGAAGAAGGCAACGACGCGGGCUGGGUCCUGGAACCCCAGGAAGGGGUGGUCGGUAGCAUGGAGGGCCCGGAUGAUAGUGAGGUCACCUUUGCAUUGCACUCAGCAUCUGUGUUUUGUGUGAGCCUGGACCCGAAAACCAACACCUUAGCAGUGACGGGGGGUGAAGAUGACAAAGCCUUUGUGUGGAGGCUCAGUGAUGGGGAGCUGCUGUUCGAGUGUGCAGGCCAUAAAGACUCUGUGACAUGUGCUGGUUUCAGCCAUGACUCUACCCUAGUGGCCACAGGGGACAUGAGUGGUCUUUUGAAAGUAUGGCAGGUAGACACCAAGGAAGAAGUCUGGUCCUUUGAAGCAGGAGACCUGGAGUGGAUGGAGUGGCACCCUCGGGCGCCUGUCCUGAUGGCGGGCACUGCUGAUGGCAACACUUGGAUGUGGAAGGUACCAAAUGGUGACUGUAAGACCUUCCAGGGCCCCAACUGCCCUGCAACCUGUGGCCGUGUCCUCCCUGAUGGGAAGAGAGCUGUGGUGGGAUAUGAAGAUGGUACCAUCAGGAUUUGGGACCUCAAGCAGGGAAGCCCCAUCCAUGUACUGAAAGGGACUGAGGGUCACCAGGGCCCUCUGACCUGUGUUGCCACCAACCAGGAUGGUAGCCUAAUCCUCACUGGGUCUGUGGACUGCCAGGCCAAGCUGAUCAGUGCUACCACUGGCAAGGUGGUGGGUGUGUUCAGACCUGAGACAGUCGCCUCCCAGCCCAGCCUGGGAGAGGGGGAGGAGAGUGAGUCUAACUCUGUGGAGUCCCUGGGCUUCUGCAGUGUGAUGCCUCUGGCUGCUGUUGGCUAUCUGGAUGGAACCUUGGCCAUCUAUGACCUGUCCACACAGACACUCCGGCAUCAGUGUCAGCACCAGUCGGGCAUUGUUCAGCUGCUAUGGGAGGCUGGCACUGCUGUGGUAUACACCUGUAGCCUGGAUGGCAUUGUACGUCUUUGGGAUGCCCGGACUGGCCGCCUGCUUACUGACUACCGGGGCCAUACUGCUGAGAUCCUGGACUUUGCCCUCAGCAAAGAUGCUUCCCUGGUGGUGACUACAUCAGGAGACCACAAAGCGAAAGUAUUUUGUGUCCAGAGACCUGACCGUUAGCAGCUGGAGCCUCUGGCAUGGUGUCUGGUGUUGAGGGGAUAAAGGGACACCCCUGCCCCCCAGCAGAGGUGCAGAGGGAAGAGGAGGGGGGUAUUGGACUGCUUUCCAACCCCUUCAGCUGACCUGCCCACUCCUUGUCCUUUUUCUCUCUUAGAGACCCGCCUUGCCAGGCCCUCCCUCUCCUGUCCAGCCCUGGGGUCUUUUAGGUGGCCCGUGUUUCUUUCACUUUGAUUUGCUGGUGUGAGCCAUGGGGUGCGUCUUUGUAUGUGGGGGGUAGGUCUUUGAGGUUCCCGUUCUUUCCCUUCCCAAGUCUCUGGGGAAGGAAAGGAGGAAGAGAGACUAGUUACAGAUUUUAAAAAUGUAAAUAAAAUAUACUUCCCAGAGGCGGUGUCUGUGUGCA